AUGUUGGAGUGCUGGCAUCAAGGGGGUAAUAGGCUUCCCAACCCACCGCCCGUUGUCGCCGUUGCCCAGCCCCGAUGGCAAACUGGGGUCGCUGCGACUCCGACGAGCGGGAACCGUCAAUUGAACGACAGCGAUUUGGGUACUGUAAAACAACAGUACCCACUGAUAAGUCUUGGAAUAUUGAUUUUGGAGUGCGGCACAGUCUCGAAAACAGGCCAAUUGUCAAGUGCCACAGCUAGCUCCAUGGAAAAGAAGCAAGGAGAACAGGAAACAGUAAUCGAGAGUCAGUAUCAGCCGUUUGACUUGCCUUGA